AUGGACGUCAUGCCAACACAACCCCGAGAGGCAGGGUUUAACAACAGAGUGGGCGGGGUUUCGGUGGCGUUGUCGGCGACCAGUUGGUUUGCCUUCCUCUAUGGCUUUGCCCUACUGUCAAUCAUCCAAUUUCCCACGGUGACGGGCGACUGUUGGCUGAUUGAGGGGGAGAAGGGCUUCGUGUGGUUGGCUAUCUGCAGCCAGAACCAGCCCCCGUACGAAGCGAUCCCUGCCCACAUCAACAGCACCAUCGUGGACCUGAGGCUCAACGAGAAUAAGAUCAAGAGUAUCCAUUUCUCAUCGCUCAGCCGCUUUGGGAACCUGACGUACCUCAACCUCACCAAGAACGAGAUCUCGUACGUGGAGGAUGGAGCCUUCUCGGCCCAGUUCAACCUGCAGGUGCUGCAGUUGGGGUUUAACCGUCUGAGGAACCUAACAGAGGGAAUCCUCAGAGGGCUGGGGAAGCUGCAGUACCUCUACCUACAGGCCAACCUGAUCGAGGCAGUCACCCCCAACACCUUUGAGGAGUGUCCUAACAUAGAGAACGUUGACCUCUCCAUGAACAGGAUUCAAGUGCUGGACGGAGGCUUGUUUACGGGGCUCAGUAGAUUAACAACGUGUGAACUCUACACCAACCCGUUCAACUGCUCCUGUGAGCUGUUGGGAUUUCUACGCUGGUUGGCAGUCUUCCCCAACAGGACCAACGAGAGGAUGGUGUGUGAUACUCCGGCCGGGUUCUCAGGCUACAGCCUCCUCAGUCAGAACCCCCGGAUGCCUGCGACACGCAACGCUCUACACAUGCUCACUAUGGUGUGUACCGACGACGGAAGCAACUCUUUCCCGAACAUCAUUGUUCAGUCAGAGUUUACGACCCUCCCACCGUACUCUCCCUGCGGAUUGGACGACUGCCCUUCUGGAAUGUCUCCGGAGGACCCAAUCAGCAUCAGCCCCGCCUACCCGGAUCUGAACAACAAGCCUAGUAUGAAGGUGAAACAGAUCUCCCACUCCUCAGCAGUGAUCUCGGUCCAGAUCCCUCACCCCUUCAGUAAGAUGUACAUCCUGGUUCUCUACAACAACAGCUUCUUCACUGACAUAAAGAACCUGAAGAACCACAAGGAAGAGUUUGAACUGAACAACCUGAAAGCCCACACGGACUACACCUACUGCGUGGUGUCCAUAAGACACCAGCUUCGUUAUAACCACACCUGUCUGUCCAUCUCCACCGGGAGGAAGGCAGGUCUGGAGAGGACCUCCAACGACUCCUCUGCUACCCACUACAUCAUGACUAUACUGGGCAGUCUCUUCAGCAUGGUCCUCAUACUGGGUUUCGUGUUCCACUGCCUGAGGAAGAAGAGGCAGCGAGACGAGAAGAACAAGAAGAUUGGAAAGAUACAGAAGAGCCUGAUGGAGCUGAAAUACGGAGCUGACCUGGAGGGUGGUGGAGGAACAGGGGGAGGGGGGUCCAUCUCUCAGCUAUCCCAGAAACAGAUGCUCUCGGCCGGGGAGAGUCUCACGCGGAUGCCCUACCUUCCCCAGGGUGGGACCUGUGAGAUGGACCAGUACAAGCUACAGGAGAUCAUUGACACUCCAAAGGCAACGAAAGGGAACUAUAUCGAAGUGCGAGGAACUGUGGGAGACCUGCCGGACCGGAGGGAGAGAGAGAGGGAACGAGAGUGGGAGAGAGAGAGGGAAAGAGAGAGGGAAUGUAGUCUCUCUCCACAAGACAACCCUCAGGGUUCAGUAGCAGAGAUCUCCACCAUCGCCUCAGAGGUGGACAAGGUGAACCAGAUCAUCACCAACUGCAUUGACGUCCUCAAGUCUGAGUCAACGUCGUCCCAGGGGGUCAAGUCAGGCUCUGUGUCGACCGCUGAACCCCGACUAGAGCUGAUCUCAGACCAGCCACAGAGACAGUCAGGGUUCCUGUCACCGCAGUAUAAAGGAGGUUACCACCACCCUCUCCAGAGACACCACAGUAUGGAAGCUCCAUCCAAACGACCUUCGACCUCCUCCAGCGGAUCCGUCCGCUCCCCGCGCACCUCCCGCUCCGACGGGCCGCACCGGGGAACCUCUGACACCAAGUACAUGGAGAAGACCUCGCCGACCGGAAACACCGCCGGGACGCCUGCCGCUGCCAUCUUACGGGCAGAGGCCCAGAAGGUCCGACAGUACAAGGAGCAGCGCCACUCGUACCCGGGCCCCCAGCGCCCCCUCCCUGACUCUGACGAGCUGGAGGAGCUGAGUAGCAGGAAACCCUCUUCCAUCCUGGAACCCCUCACCCUGGGGAGACACCCCAGAGAGCUAGCCUACGCCCAGCUGUCCCCGCAGUACCACAACCUGAGCUACGAGUCCAGUCCUGAGUACUCCUGCACCCCGUCGCUCGGCAUCUGGGAGAAGUUCAAACUCCACCGGAAGAGACACAGAGACGAGGACUACGAGGAGGAAUACAUGGCGGCGGGACACGCACUGCGGAGGAGUUUGCAGGUCGCCAAGGACGAGGAUC